UCGUCACUGGGCUUGGAGGAGUCGGCUAGAAGUCAGAGGCGCGGGGGACCUGAGUAUAUGUCCACGCCAUCGUCGUGACCGCCGGCAGGCUCCUUCUCUGUGCCUUCGUUGGCUUAGCUGCGAAGUGAGUCGUGGGCGAGCUGCUCUCAGCGUCCUGGAGAACGAGGUCGUUCGGGCAGCGCCCGUGGGAGACGAAGGCCAGAGAAACAGUCCUGGGUUCUGAACUUGCCAUCGAAGAAACCCAGGAGGAGGAGUUAACAGUCUUCCCAUCCCUCACCCCCCUGGGACGGGCCCCAGCAUGUCUCAGGCCACCAAGAGGAAGCAUGUGGUGAAGGAGGUGCUGGGGGAGCAUAUGGUGCCCUCUGACCAGCAGCAGAUCGUGAGGGUACUCAGGACCCCAGGGAACAAUCUGCAUGAGGUGGAGACAGCCCAGGGGCAGCGCUUCCUGGUGAGCAUGCCCUCCAAAUACCGGAAGAACAUCUGGAUCAAGAGAGGCGACUUUCUCAUUGUUGACCCGAUUGAGGAGGGAGAAAAAGUGAAGGCUGAGAUCUCCUUUGUGCUCUGCAAAGACCAUGUGCGCUCUCUGCAGAAGGAAGGGCUCUGGCCUGAGGCCUUCUCAGAAGUGGCUGAGAAGCACAACAACAGUAGGAACAGACAGACUCCGCCAGAACUCCCAGUGGAGCCACAGUCAUCAGGAGAAGAGUCCAGCUCUGAAGAUGAUUCUGACCUCUUUGUUAACACCAAUCGCAGACAGUAUCAUGAGAGCGAGGAGGAGAGCGAAGAGGAAGAGGCAGCCUGAGUCCCUCGACCCGCUUCUCUUGCCCAGAGACUAGGAUUGGCUCCUCUGAGCUCAGACAUUCCUGGGGUGCUCUGCAGAUCUUCCCCCUCUGGAUGGGGGACAAGGCAGGGCCCCUCUCUGAACUGACCUUCUGCUCAAGGAGAAUUAAACCCCUGGUGGGUGACGA